AUGGAUGCAGCUGCACUUUUGUGCAAUAUUUGCCCCAAACGGCCGACCUUCAGUGAUGUAUCCCACCUGCUAACCCAUAUCUCGUCAAAGGCACAUCUGUCCCACUACUUCAAACUUCAAGUCCGCAGCCAUCAAGAGCAACAAGCCGUCACUCUGCUACGUGAAUAUGAUAGGUGGUAUAAGGCCAAUAAUUUAGCAAAAUUACUUUCGGAUCGGAUGUCCUCGAAAGAAGCCCGCAGAAAGAAGACGCACGAGAAGAUUAACACGGACCGGGAAGUUGAGCACCGAACGACUGAACCACUGUCCACUGCAUGUCUUUCAUCCCAGAACCCACUUCCUGACUACUUGGACCCACGUCUCUCUCGCUCCUAUGUUGUUACGGAUUCGGGGCCUGCAAUUACAACCUCGCCUCACACUUCCAAGCACUCAUUGACCUCCGCAAGCACUCCAAAGCAACCUACUCAACCUAUCUCCUGUAUUUGGAAACAAGAGCCCAGACCCGACCCGGAGGAUCAGGAUACUUCUGCGCAGGCCACGUUGUACUGGUCUAAAACACUGGGCAAUGAGACAGACGUUAUUCCCCUAUCAUCCAACCAAUACAACUGCGAUCCGUUUAUCGAUGACAAUGACAAUGACAGCGUUGAUUUCCCAACAAUCUGUGAGAUAGAUAAGGAGAGAGCAGAUGAGAUAGCCAGACUGAAAGGUGUCCUAUGGCCCGGAAUGGAUAUCUUUGACUCUGCUACCGAACAGAUGAGACGCAGACGCAACCAGAAAAAAGAUGAAAGCAUCUUGAAGAUGAUGGAAAAGACAUCCCUCUGUGUCGAGCCUACGGAGCUUGUGUUCUCGCCUACAGGGAUCUUGCGGAAGCAGCGUGUGAUCUCUGGCAAUGUUGAAGACAGCAGCCCUCUUAAAGGGGAAACGCCCAUUCCGAAACGACGAGCAAAUCGUCCGAAGCGUAUCCUUUCCCAAGUCGAUCCUAAUAUCCAUCGUGGACAAGACAGGAAAAGGAACCGGAGAACUACCAAGAGGAGCGAAAGUAUAGUGGAUGAAGACAUCGAUGGAAGUAACAUACCCCUUCUCAGGGCCUCCUUGGCGCCUCAACACCCUCCUCGCUAUGGCAGUCACGGGGACGAUAUGGACGAGUUUGCAAUGACUUCCAAAGACAAUAAGAUCAAGCCUCCCACUGGGUUUACUGUCUUCCGUGAUUUGCCAAAUCAAUACAACGCAGGCGCAAUUGACCUUCAUCGUGGUGAUGGAUCACAUUCUGCGGCGUCGGUCUCCCCUCAUCCUAUAUUUUUACUACGGGAUUACACAACCAAUGCUGAUGCUUACCCACUAUCACCUGGCAACCAUGCUUCUACCCUGACCGAGAGGGCUCUUAUUAUGUCGAUGGAAAAAGAGAACAUUGAGCCACUUCUGGAUGUUCGUGGCCGCAUUGAUCCUCUGGUGGAUUGGCAUUCCCCUUCCCUCACGGGGCACUUAACCAGCGACAUUGGCUAUCCACCACAAUACUUUUUUGGCGAUGCUCGGUCCGUCGGUUUCAGUCCAUUUGAUAAUCAAGAAAGCCCCACUGGGUACUCAUUUAACCCUUUGACCGUUUCACUUCCCCGCGUGCCCGCCGACGACAAUCCAGUGUACACGGCGAGAGUAAACAACAAGUCUAAACCUCAGUGUGGGACACAGCCAGGGUCCCCCGAGGCAACAGUUUCGGAGGUCGAUGAGGGUGAGUUUGAACGGCUUUACCUAGAUGGGAGCUCUUGUUGACUCCUGCUCUUGUUGCAAUUUUCUAUUGUGCUCUGGUUUAAGUCAUUGUUCUGCGGGUCUAUUCCCCUAAUUGCACUUCCCUUCAACACCUUUUAAGAAUCGCAACCAACGGAUUUGGCUCUGCUUUAUAGUUUG